CAAUGCCUCUUGUGUGUGAGAGAGACAUUCAUCCUCUCUCAGCCAGUGGGAACAGCUUGAGGCAUCGCAAAUGAUCCAUGGAGAAUCUGCUUUUUCUACACUGCUGAAUUUCUACAGGCACAAUGGGGAAACAGAAUAGCAAACUGGCCCCCGAAGUCAUGGAGGACCUGGUGAAGAGCACCGAAUUCAACGAGCAUGAGCUCAAGCAGUGGUACAAGGGGUUCCUCAAAGACUGUCCAAGCGGGAGGCUGAAUCUUGAGGAGUUCCAGCAGCUGUACGUGAAGUUCUUUCCCUAUGGAGAUGCCUCCAAGUUCGCGCAGCACGCCUUCCGCACCUUCGACAAGAACGGUGAUGGCACCAUCGACUUCCGAGAGUUCAUCUGUGCCCUGUCCAUCACCUCCAGGGGCAGCUUUGAGCAGAAAUUGAACUGGGCUUUCAACAUGUACGACCUGGAUGGUGACGGCAAGAUCACCCGGGUAGAGAUGCUGGAGAUCAUUGAGGCUAUCUACAAAAUGGUGGGCACUGUGAUCAUGAUGAAAAUGAAUGAGGACGGCCUCACGCCUGAACAGCGAGUGGACAAGAUUUUCAGCAAGAUGGAUAAGAACAAAGAUGACCAGAUUACAUUGGAUGAAUUCAAAGAAGCUGCAAAAAGCGACCCUUCCAUUGUAUUACUUCUGCAGUGCGACAUUCAGAAAUGAGCUGAUGUCAAUGCUAUGGACUGCACAGAAGUGUUGAUGUCCCAUUCAGUCUGCAGC